CGCGACGCCGCGCGCUGUCCGGUCCUGCGCUGCCCGGCGGGAGAGGCUGGACCCCGCCUUCCUCCUCCCUACCGGUCCCCAUCCUUAAAGCGCGAGUCUGGACGCCCCGCCUGUGGGAGAGGGCGCCGGGAUCCGGACGGGGAGUAACCGGGGCAGGCCGGGGCCGGCCGAGGAGGUCCUGAGGCUACCGAGCUGCAGCGGCUGGCACACGAGCGCCUCGGCACUAACCGAGUGUUCGCGGGGGCUGUGAGGGGAGGGCCCCGGGCGCCAUUGCUGGCGGUGGGAGCGCCGACCGGUCUCAUCCCGCCCUCGGCUGCACUCCUCCUCCGGCUGGGAGGGGCCGUAGCUCGGGGCCGUCGCCAGCCCCUGGCCUGGGCUCGAUAAUCGAGGGCCUCGGCCGCUGUCCCGCAGCUCAGUCCAUCGCCCUUGCCGGGCAGCCCGGGCAGAGACCAUGUUUGACAAGACGCGGCUGCCGUACGUGGCCCUCGAUGUGCUCUGCGUGUUGCUGGCUUCCAUGCCUAUGGCUGUUCUAAAAUUGGGCCAAAUAUAUCCAUUUCAGAGAGGCUUUUUCUGUAAAGACAACAGCAUCAACUAUCCGUACCAUGACAGUACCGUCACAUCCACUGUCCUCAUCCUAGUAGGGGUUGGCUUGCCCAUUUCCUCUAUGAUUCUUGGAGAAACCCUGUCUGUUUACUGUAACCUUUUGCACUCAAAUUCCUUUAUCAGGAAUAACUACAUAGCCACUAUUUACAAAGCCAUUGGAACCUUUUUAUUUGGUGCAGCUGCUAGUCAGUCCCUGACUGACAUUGCCAAGUAUUCAAUAGGCAGACUGCGGCCUCACUUCUUGGAUGUUUGUGAUCCAGAUUGGUCAAAAAUCAACUGCAGCGAUGGUUACAUUGAAAACUACAUAUGUCGAGGGAAUGCAGAAAAAGUUAAGGAAGGCAGGUUGUCCUUCUACUCAGGCCACUCUUCGUUCUCCAUGUACUGCAUGCUGUUUGUGGCACUUUAUCUUCAAGCCAGGAUGAAGGGAGACUGGGCAAGACUCUUACGCCCCACACUGCAAUUUGGUCUUGUUGCCGUAUCCAUUUAUGUGGGCCUUUCUCGAGUUUCUGAUUACAAACACCACUGGAGUGAUGUGUUGACUGGACUCAUUCAGGGAGCUCUGGUUGCAGUAUUAGUUGCUGUAUAUGUAUCGGAUUUCUUCAAAGAAAGAACUUCUUUUAAAGAAAGAAAAGAGGAGGACUCUCACACAACUCUGCAUGAAACAUCAACAACGGGGAAUCACUAUCAGAGCAAUCACCAGCCUUGAAGGGCAGCGGGGUGCCCAGGUGAAGCUGGCCUGUUUUCUAAAGGAAAAGGAUUGCCACAUGGCAAGAGGAUGCAUCUUUCUUCCCAGUGUAUAAGCCUUUAAAGACUGCUACUGCUGCUAUGCCUCUUGGAUGCCCACUUUGUGUGUACAUAGUUACCUUUAACACAGUGGUUAUCUAAUAGCUCUAAAUUCAUUUAAAAAACUCCAAGCCUUCCACCAAAACAGUGCCCCACCUGUAUACAUUUUUAUUAAAAAAUGUAAUGCUUAUGUAUAAACAUGUAUGUAAUAUGCUUUCUAUGAAUGAUGUCUGAUUUAAAUACACAUAUUAAAAUGUAUGGGACAACCAAA